AUGACGCUUGGAUCCAGAAAGAAGCUAGCUAUUGCUCUAAUUGUGACGAAUACAAAAAAUCACCUGAUCAUAACUGUAGAAUUGAUCCUUAAGGAUUUGACUAGUUCAGUGAUACUAAAAGAGAAAACUCUGAACCAAGAAUACCUAAAAACUGCUGUAAUAAUUGUGGUUAUGAGAAGAACAAG